AUGCUUGCGAGCUUUCCCGAGAACGCCAAUCGUCUUCGCAGGUCGAAGUCGGUAUCGACGGUAAACCCCAACCAGCGUUCUAAUAUUCCAGAUCAUGUCAACCCCUGGGUAGCACAGCAGCAAGCUCUUCUCGCCGCUACCACUGCGUACGAACGAGCCCACGCAGGCGUCACACCAACUAGGCUGACGACUACAACCGCAAGCACUGCUCUGCCACGUACGAUGAGCAACAUAAGCCGAAGAUCAGAAGGGAGUCAUCUUGCUAAACGGGGAUCAACACUUCGGUACUCUCUUGAAGAACAUCCAAGAGCCCAUCUUGCUCGACGUAAUACUGUUCAAAGUUCAACAAGCAACGGCAACCUAAUGUCCGGAGGGCUUCCGCCACAGAUAAUGAGCCACGUACCAUCAGCCAGUGGGCCAAACUUGCGAGGCAAGAUGAGUCUGACAUCGCUAGCGACGCCGACUCGGAGCAUCGCUUCAGAACCUGUACGGACAGGCCUGCGGAAAGCACGAUCAAUGUUUUAUGCCAGCAGUCGUCAGACCACGGACAACAAUGAAGACACAUGCUCCAUGACCCUCAUCGAUCCGACCCUGGCCAACGAUACUCCGCAGAAGCUGACAGCCUUACCACCAUUUCCAUCUCACAGUGUGAUCCCAGUCCAAAGUAGACCAUACUCGGCGACACAACGGUAUCAGCUUGAUGGCGCGAGGUCUGCAGGACGAGAUCGCUCAUCCGGAAUCUUCACUCCAUUCAAGAAACUUCAGAGCAUUAGUUCUCGAAAGUCGUCGCGUACAGAAGCUGGCAGUGUGUCCUUUAAUAGUGUCAGAUCAACUGCGACGACUCCUGGACAGGAGAUAGUCCAAUCGCAGCCUCUACAGCACAAAAAGUCGAGAUCACUCUCGGGCAAUUUCAAGGACAAGAUCAUGAAGGUAUUCCGAAGAACGCCGACCAUCACUCAGCAAGAAAUGCCGGCUCAACAAGUCGGUGCUUCGCGAAACUACUACUACAACUCGAAGACGACCGACGAUACAUCCAAUGUUCUUGGUGACGGGAGUAGGAGCAGUAGAUCUAGUCUGCAUCCUAGUCGGCCUGGAACUCCGCCUGUGCCUAGAGAUCCAUCAUUCCCGCAUCUAGCAAUGCGGCAGGGAAGUGGUAGCAGCGAAGGUACAUCCUCGUCACGAUCAAAGUCGAGAGUGACGAGCUGGACCGAUUCAACGGCCGGGCAUGCGGCAUUGAAUGAUCCUAAGCGAUUAUCGAUCAUACAUGAAGUGAGUCGACCUAGCAUUGCGAUGCCAGUGCCAACUCGGCCGACGACACUGCUUGCAAGGAGUGUACUCGAAAGUGAGCUAGAAGACGAUUCGUCGUCUUAUAAGCGACCAUAUCCAGUCGAGCCGCGGCGCGUAUACUCUGCAUUGAUGAAAGAAAUGGCUCGCAAAGAGAUUGAAGUGCUUGAAGUGUCGAAGCUUGAAUUCGAUAAAGAUGGCAAUCCUGUGACGUCUGCUUUGGACUCUCUUCCAUCGCAGCAACACCGCAGAUCCAUGGAAUCCGGCAGGAACGAAGCAAACAGGAUGACGAUCAGAACCGUGAGUCCAGAUGAACCUGUGUCACUCAGCCGGGCUUCGAGCGUCCGAGGUAGAAUAAGUGUCCCGCCGUUCGAUCUCACCGACGUGAGAGAGGAAUCUUCAGGAGAUGAGUUCCCGACAAAACCAGCAGAUGGUUGCUCUCUGUAUGCACAGUCGCAUCGGAAUUCUUCAUCGGUCGGUCGACUGCAACGAAGCCAGCGUGCGAAUCCUCCGAGUGCUGAGCAACGAGCCGCUCGUGCAGAAAGAGCCAGCCAUCGUUGGAAGUCACCCUUGGACGAUGGACAUCGCAGCCUGGAACGAGCCAGUAAUGAGAAGGUUUUGAUGGCUUCAUCCAAUUCUUUUUUAGACCGUGGUCAGGAACCGACCGAAGACUGCAGGGCGGUUUCUAUUGACGGAGAUGGGGAUGAUUUCGGGACUCCCAAAGCUACUCACGUUACCUAUGACGAUUCCAUAGCUGAUGGGAUUGUGUUACCGAAGAGCAGGACUCCGGCCCGUUGUGUUUCUCCGAGCAUAUAUUCACAGCAUACUAACUCGCAACACUCCUUCGUAAACAUGGACAGCGUCACAAACCUACCAUAUGCAGUGCCCAAGGAAGGUGCUGGGAGUGCAGUCAUAAUUACGAGCCAUCCUGUCUCAUGCUGGACCAUUGGGACACCAACACCAACGGGGAAACGGGUUAGCCAUUCUGCGAGGUCGAGCAGAGACUGGAAAGCCUGGCUUUCGAAGGAAGUUGCUGAGCUUGAGCAGUUAGCCAGUGCAGAGCUUGCAAUCAAUGAACUAGAUCUGAAACAGCAAGGUCACCGCCGUGAACGCACGCAAAUAUCUGAGGACGACGAGCAAUCAGUGACCAGCGUUGCUCCCAGCUGCAUGCCGAGACUGGCUCGACCCAGGCUGGAGAGCAGGCCAGGUAGUCGCAUAAGUAGUCGUAUGAAUGACCGGUUCCCUAUGAUCGAGACUAGCAGACGAGGAAGUAGCCAGAGCGUUGCAACGCUUCGCAGCGUCCGAAAGAAGUCACCCAGUGCCGUCACGCCGGAGUCCAUCAGUGCCUCGACCACAGAGUUGACCAAGGAAAAUGCGCCUGUCAAGCGUUCUGUCAGUCCAUUUCCUCGCAUCUCUCGCCUGGCGGCAAGGAGUCCUCGCAGUGUUGGGGGCUGUAUGUCGUCGGGCCAUGAUACCCAGUCUGCGACGGCAAUCCCCAAUACACCAGUCACACCCGCCACGCCCUCACCGGCACGAGCUCGCAAGCUUGGGCGACGUAUUUCCAAGGCCAAGUCAGCCUUGGAAAUGCACGCACAGUAUAGCAGUCCCGACCUGUUGCGCAAUAAGAUGAUCCGCAAGCAGGCGGGAUGCAGUCCACAGUUUGAAGGGGAUACGCUCCGUAUGAUAAUCGAAGGGCCGUACCAGCAUGCCAAGACACCUUCGCCGUUGAAGAGAGUCGAGAACAGCCCGAUGGUCAGCAAGUUUAGCGAGAUUGGCCUUGACGACACGGCAAGCGUCAGGAGUCAUGGCAGCUCUGCGACGCCAGGACACCGUCUGGCGGAUAUGUUUCUGAGACAGCGGAAGAGUGGGGAGGUGAUUGACGAUGACAGCGUGGCGUUUCUUUGA